AUGUCUGGAAACGUCGAUGAGGAGGCCAAAGUCACCCACACAGGCCCAAAGGGAGUGAUCAAUGACUGGAGGAGGUUUAAGCUUGAGAGCAUGGACCAGGAGUCCCUGCCCCCCCAGAAGAGAGAGCUGCUCAGGCAGAUGUCCUCCCCACACAGGCCCAAAGACGACGGCAGGGGAGGCCUCAACCGCAAGAUGAGCGUACAGGAGUACGAGCUGAUUAAGGAGGAUGACGAGAAGUGCAUGAAGAAGUACCGCAAGCAGUGCAUGCAGGAGAUGCACGAGCGCCUCAGCUUCGGUCCCAAGUUCGAGGGCGUGUACGAGCUGGACAGCGGCGAGGCAUUUCUGGAGGUCAUUGAGAAGGAGCACCGGCUCACCGUGGUGGUGGUGCACAUCUACAAGGAGGGGAUCAAAGGUUGCGAUGCGCUCAACUCCUGCCUGGACUGCCUGGCCACCGAGUACACUAGCGUCAAGUUUUGCAAGAUCGACGCCGGGGUGACUGGUGCGGGGGAGCGCUUCACUGAUGACGUCCUGCCCACCAUGCUGGUGUAUAAGGCUGGCGAGCUGCUGGGGAACUUCCUGGCCACCAACCAGCACUUCAACGAGGAGUUCUUCGCCACCGACGUGGAGGCUUUCCUCAACGGCUACGGCCUGCUGCCGGAGAAAGAUUUAGUCGUUGGGGGAGAGGAGGAGGAGGCAGCCGUGGAUGUGGAGGCAGUGGAGUGA